CCGCCGCGCUCGCGUGGGGAAACCUGGGCGUUGCUGUCGUCGUGUGGCUCUGCUUUGGGUGUGCAGCGGGUUGCCUGGGCUGUGAGCUUUGCGCACAGUUGAAGUACGUCUGGCUGGAAAAAUAGUGCUGAAACUGUUGAAAUAUGGCAGAAGAAGUGGUGGUAGUAGCCAAGUUUGAUUAUGUGGCCCAACAAGAACAAGAGCUGGACAUCAAGAAGAAUGAGAGAUUGUGGCUUCUGGAUGAUUCUAAAUCCUGGUGGCGAGUUAGAAAUUCCAUGAAUAAAACAGGUUUUGUGCCUUCUAACUAUGUGGAAAGGAAAAACAGUGCUCGGAAAGCAUCUAUUGUGAAAAACCUAAAGGAUACCUUAGGCAUUGGAAAAGUGAAAAGAAAACCUAGUGUUCCAGAUUCUGCAUCUCCUGCUGAUGACAGUUUUGUUGACCCAGGGGAACGUCUUUAUGACCUCAACAUGCCUGCCUAUGUGAAAUUUAACUACAUGGCUGAGAGAGAGGAUGAAUUAUCGUUGAUAAAAGGAACAAAAGUGAUUGUCAUGGAGAAAUGCAGUGAUGGGUGGUGGCGGGGUAGCUACAAUGGACAAAUUGGAUGGUUCCCUUCAAACUAUGUAACUGAAGAGGGUGACAGUCCUUUGGGUGACCCUGUGGGUUCACUGUCAGAAAAAUUAGCAGCAGUUGUCAAUAACCUAAAUACUGGGCAAGUGUUGCAUGUGGUACAGGCUCUUUACCCAUUCAGUUCGUCCAAUGAUGAAGAACUUAAUUUUGAGAAAGGCGAUAUAAUGGAUGUUAUUGAAAAGCCAGAAAAUGACCCAGAGUGGUGGAAAUGCAGGAAGAUCAAUGGUAUGGUUGGUCUGGUACCAAAAAACUAUGUUACCGUUAUGCAGAAUAACUCAUUAACUUCAGGUUUGGAACCGUCACCUCCACAGUGUGAUUAUGUUAGGCCUUCACUCACUGGAAAGUUUGCUGGCAAUCCUUGGUAUUAUGGCAAAGUUACCAGACAUCAAGCAGAAAUGGCAUUAAAUGAAAGAGGACACGAAGGAGACUUUCUCAUCCGUGAUAGUGAAUCUUCGCCAAAUGAUUUUUCAGUAUCAUUGAAAGCACAAGGGAAAAACAAGCAUUUUAAAGUUCAACUAAAAGAGACCUUCUACUGCAUUGGGCAACGUAAAUUCAGCACCAUGGAAGAACUUGUAGAACAUUACAAAAAGGCACCAAUUUUUACAAGUGAACAAGGAGAAAAGUUAUAUCUUGUCAAGCAUUUAUCAUGAUACUGCUAAUCAGAAGUGACUGUUAUACAGCUUUAUUCCUCAUGUAAUUGAAGACUGAGAAAGUGUUGGUCCAAUCCUGCUUGAUUGGAAGUUGCUGUUUCUAACUCUGUAUGAGAAUUGACUAUCAUACAUAAGUAUUUUUUAUUAUCAUUUGGCCCGUACAUAUAUACUAUAUAUGCAAUGCAUCAGCAUAGAACAGUUACUUAUCCUUGGUCUUUUAUUUCACUGUUUUCUUCUUUACUGUUUUUCUCUUUGCUUCUAAUAUUAAGGUUUUGUAUUUUGAGAAAAAGAAUCGAAUAAUACAGAUCAGAAGUCUGUAUGGAAGAAUUCCUUUAUUGCCUUUCCUGUGUUUCCUUGUAAAGAUCCCUGUUCUGCUAUAGUUUCUCUUCAUAUAAAAUUAUAUCUCUAUACACGGCAUAUGCUAAAGUAAAUUUCUUGGAAAGUGUUAUCUUUUCUGUGACUAAAUAGCAAUAAUAAAUGGAAAAUUAGAAAUUCUUUUCAGGUUAUUGUAUUUGUCACCACCCUUGUAAAUACCAAAUACGUUGUGUAUGUUUUUUUUAAUGUCUUCAUUGCCUACAGUAUACUACAAAACAGAUGGGACAUAGGUUAGAAAACAUUACGCAGUUUUAAUUUAUAGCUUGAAACAAAAAUCUAAAUUCUUAAAAGAUUUUCUUUGGUGCUUUUUUGCAUCUGGUUAUUCAAGACAGUCUCUGAGAUACUGAACUUUUAAAACUGUAAGGGAUGUUCUAGUGUUAGUGUUUUCUCUGAGUGUUACUCUACCAGAGUUUCUUGUAUUAGUACAUGUUAUGUUUAUGUUAUGUGUGAAAAAAGUUAUGGCCAGGUUUUAGAGAAAUAGACAACGAGAUAUGUGAGUUUUUUCCUCCCUAAACAUACAUCAGUAAUUAUAGGAUAUAGUAGUAUUUCCUAUUUUCAUUUUCCCCUUUCAGCUUUUUUUUUUCUUUAAGGUGCUGGAGAUUGAGCCCAGGCAAAAACUCUGCCACGAGCUACAUCCCUACCCCAUCUUUCUUUAAGUUUUGAGUUUCCUUAACUGGGACACUAACAUUGAUGUAUGCCUAAUGGAAAAAUGAAAGAUGUUUAUGAUUAGAUAAAAUUUUCUAUUUUUUAAAUCUUACAUUUUUGUUGACCAAGUAGAAGUUUUAAUGUAUGAGUGAGAGAAUACUGUAAAGUGUUGAUUGAGUCUACUUCUGGAGGCCACAGGAAAGAACAGUUGUACUUUGUGGUCACACUCUUCAUUAAUCUGGAAAUUUAAGUUUACUCAAAGAAACCAGCAAUAUUUUACCUGAAAAGAAUUAUUAAAACCAUAUAGUAAACAGUAGUCAUAUAUUUUCAAAAAUAUCCCGUGUUGCCCAAGCAUACAAAUACUUUCACUCUUUGUUGCUAUAAAGACAUUUAAUUCACCAGAACUAUUGAUUAUAAAAUUCAAUAUGUAAUUUAUGAGGGCUUUAAAAACUAUUUUAAUUUUUAUUAUUUAAAUUUUAAAGUAAUUUAAAGACUAAUGCUGCCACUGGGUGGCAGCCCUCCUUUCUCCCAUUAAACAACAGAAGUCAGCACAUGAGACAUUGGUGUUAGAAUUCCAGCUUUAGUACAUCUGCUUUUAAAGCCUCUUAGUUCGUAAUUCAAUAUCUUUCUAUUUCUUAUUUUAUUAAGGUAGUUUUUAGUAGAUAAAUUUCAUGGCAAUAAAAGUUACAUAUCUUAUUGCUUCAGAAGUCACAUGAGUAUAGAGGACAACAGUUUAAAAGUAGCUAUCAUAUGACUGAGUGGUAAGCAUCUUUUCAUUUUUAACAUACAUUUGAUGAUGAUUACUUUUUAUUUUCUCUUUGUGGUUCCCCAGUCUUCCUUAUGGAAAAAAAAAGUUUAAAAGGAGCAGUUAAUACUUUGUAUCACAGAAGUGAGGUAUUUAUAGCAAACCUUUGCUUAAUAAAGCAGAAUUUGAGAAAGUAGCUAGGAAUAGAGUAGUACUGAAAGUAGAAUGCAUGUUCUUGUGCCAUAAUUAGAUUUAUUGUAGAGCUGGCACACAUUUAUAACCCCAGCAUUUAGGAGGCAGAGCCAGGAAGAUCAUGAAUUCAAGGCCAGCCUGAUCUACAUAGUGAGAUGUCUCAAAAAACAAACAAAAAAGAAUUUACUAUAACUAGAAUUCCAGAUAAUACAUGUAUGUCAGUAUCUGUUACCUUGUCAUUUGUGGGACAAAAACCUUGGUGGGAACUACUUUGUACUUCAACAUGUUUUCAGGGUUUUUUUUGUUUUGUUUUGUUUUUUAAUUGUUAGGCCAAUUCUUACACCAAUGGCUGUUUUUAUAAGCAUGUAUGUUAUUUGAAGCAGUUUUCUUAAGAAUUGGAACAACCUUAUAAAAUAGCUACAUAGCUAGGUAGUAAUAGGACUUGUGUGAGAAACUGGGUUUCCUCAUUCCCAGCCUGGUGUGUAUAUUGUCACAUAUUACAUUAGUUGAAGGACCUGGGAAAAGCAGUAUCACAGAAGUUUUCUGCAUAUGAGAUGAUUAGUCAUCAAAUUUAAAUAUAUAUGUAAUCUUUUCAGCCACUUGUACAAAUGUAUAAAAUCUAUAAAGUUUUUUAGAACAUAUGCACAUACAUAUGUGUGUAUUUAAUAACAAAAGCAAUUGCUAUUAUAACCCUUAUUUGACCAGAGAUCCUUAGGGUUCAGCCAGUAUAUUCACAAAUUUAUAUGACACACAUAUCAUGCUACAUGCAGCUUAGCACAUGCACCUAACACCUCUAAGACUUUGGUGACAGAUCACUGAACAAAAUAGGAAAGCCAGUGCGAUUGCUAGAAUAGGAAGGCCUAACAGAUGAGCAACUUAAGAUUACUAGAAUAAGGUCAUCCUUGUAGAUAAAUGGCAUGUACAUUAUUUCUAGCUGUUAUAAUCCUCUACCAUGUAACCCAGCGCUAGCAAAGAGGCAAGGUUAUCGUUGUGUAGUACUGUACCUUUGUGAGAAUUAGGGAAAGGCAUCUUUUUUUUUCUGGCAGACCUAGACCCUUCUUAUCAAGAUGUCUGGAAUUUACACCCCCACCCCUUGGCAGGUGCUUUGUUCUGGUUACAAGCAAAAAUAGUGGCCUUGUAGAGGAAUACUCUUCAGCCUACACAAUAGCUGGACGUGGUGGCAGUGCCUAUAGUCCCAGGUACUCAAGAGGUUAAGGCAAGAGGAUCGAUCCUUUGCACGCAGAAGUUCAAGCGAGCCUGGGCAACAUAGUGACCAACCCCACUUUAAAAAAAAGUUAACAUUUUAAAGUUGGGGGAUUUUACAUAAAAUUCGAUUACAGUUUUCCUUUCCAAAUGAGAAGCUGGCAACACUGGAAUUUAAUUCUAGAAGCUAGUACAAGUAAUAUUGUUAUUUUUACCAAUGUACCUGCUGUAAAAAUUAACAGUAUUGUACAGUCUGUCUCCCAACCCUUAUACCACCCCCUAGUUAGGUUGCUAGUUCAUGAACCCCCUAGUUCAUGUUUUUGGCUUGGAAUCUGCAAAUUCUCAUUUUUCAGACACAUUUAAGGUACAUUACCCAAAUCAGAUUAUGAAUGUAGCAUUAUAAUGUGUUUCAACUUCUCUAUCUCAGUUCUUUGCUAGAAGAUACAGGAGUCUUUUGUAAUCUUGGAUAUAUAAUCUUAACAGUUAAAAAUGCCUUUACAACUGUGGUCACUUUCCUUAAGGGACAUUGAGGAUGGGAUAGAUAAUACCCUCCUCCUGUGUUUUGAAUAGCAUCCUGUGGAUUUAAACAAUGGCAGAUCCCUGUUGCGGGGGGCAUUGUUUGGUUUUAUUGCAAGGUAGGAAGGAUUGGCCUGCUCCUCUCCUGAUAAGCUGAUUCUGUUGGUGUUUAGCAAGUUUAUGACUCAACACUGCCAUAUUCUGAGCUUUGACAGACGAGCAAAAUAUGCAUGCUCCACACCCUGAUUUCUUGCUGUUACAUGAACUAAAGCAACUGACAAGAAUUGAAAUGUGUGUUUGAUUUGAAAGUACGUGUGCUAAGACUUGUCUAAUGAGUAGAACAAACUGGGCUUGGUGUUUUGAAAAGUAAGAGGAAGAGUUUCACUUUUGUUAGCCAUGUUCACAGAUGUGUUUUAAACCAAAUUGUCUUUGAGAAUAGUUUGCUGUCUAGAGCAAUUUCCUUACAUCAGAUAUUUCAGAAUUGGCCCGCCUAAUGCCUACAGUGGCUUAGCACAAAUAUUUAAGGCACCUACAGUACUGACUGAUUUUGAAGUGUUUCCACUCCUAUUACUUAAAGCACAUGGAUACUUGGUCUCAUUAUUUUGGAAUAAUGUUGCAAAUUUUAUUUGUAAUUAUAGCAAAAGGAACAGUACUCAGUUUCCUUUUUCACUAUAGUUUUGUGCCUCAUGGAAUAAAUGACUUUCAAACAGGGAAACAUUAUUAGACACUUUAAAGCAGACAUAUAGCUAAUGUAUUUAGUUGCUUUAAGUAAACUUUUGGGUUCAGAUAAUGGAUUUUUUAUGGGGAAAUGACUUCAGAAAGGGCCUGCUAGGUGUUGUCUAUUUAAAUACAGGUUAAAGACAGGAAGAGUUGUUAAAUUUCUAUUUUUGAGCACUUAGGGAGGAAAUUAGCAUCCCCUGAGUAACUGUAGCUUUAGAGCAAAUGAUGUCAAACAAACUUGUUUUGAUACGUUUUCUGGACUACAGAUAGACCUAAAGAAUGUUACAGAAAACAAAUACUGAUUUCAUCUGGGGAUAUGAUAAUUACUUGUUGUCAAAAUGAAAAAAAAAUUUUUUUUGAACUGUUGUCAUUUGGAGGUUGAAUAUCCGCAAAGGCCUCGUAUGUUGGCUUAGUCCCCUGCCCACAGCACUGCUGGUGGAACCUUUAGGAAGGGGGAGAAGUGGAAGAAGCUGUCACUGGGGCAUGCCCUUGAAGGGGCUAUUCCAGCUGGCACCCUCCAGUCCUCCCUCUGCUUCCUGGACAGCAUGUGCUUUUGCCAUGGUGUACUGUCCCACCACAGGCCCAAAACACCAAGGUCAAGUGACACUGGCCUCACACCUCUGAAGCUGUGAGCCAAAACUUUAAGUUGAUUCUCAUAUUUAGGUAUUUUUGUCUCAGUAACAGAAAGCUGACUAGCACUAAUGUUCUAUCAGUGCAUGUCUCCAUGUUUAGGGUUUUUUGUUUUGUUUUCUUUUUUUUUCUGGUACCAGGAAUCAAACUCAUGACCUUGCGCUUGCUAGGCAAGUGCUGUGCUGCUGAGCUAAAUGCCCAGCCCUGCAUGUUUAAAUAGCUAUUGGAGGCACUUACCCAUCCAACUUCAGAUAUUUUUACUGCUCAGGUGCAGGCUAUUCAGUUUUGGGUGUAGGGAAAGUGUACAAAGAUUUCAUAAACCUUUGGCUGUAGUCAAGCAGUGUCUACUGGAGAGGGGGUGUGAAUUAAAAGAGUAGAUACAUCAAUCAAGAGUGAGGUUGAGGGUGUUUAUAUAGGAUGAUCAAAGAGGUCUUGAAUAAAAUUGACCUUGGAUCAUACUGUGUGCUCCAGCUAACAGAAGACUAACCAGCCAUCAAAUGAAAGAUAGCAACCAAAAUUCUUUGAAAACUGUAUAGAUCAUUAUUACAACAUUGUUGUUUUCAGAUUUUAAAGUUGAUUGAAAUUUAUUUUAUUUAAAUAUGGAACUUUUAACUACAAUGGACUGUUGUGAGUAAACCCUGAUUCUCCAUCUUAAGAGUUCUUGGGAGAUAUUAUAUAGAAGAAAAUAUAUAACUACAGAAGAACCACAGUUUGGCAGAGUUAAGUAAGGGGUUUAAUCUUAUGCUACCUUAAGGAAAUGAUUGUGAUCAAGGGAAGUUAAAUCCUUGAUCAUCAGGCAAGAAAUAUUAAGAAAGAAAGUGAAAAAACGUAUGUUCCUAGGAGGUGAAAAGGAGAUGUGGGAGCUCUGAAAAUUGGAGCAUGACAGUCUAGACUUGGUGGAAUUAGAAGAGUUUUAAAAGGAAUUCCAUUGUUUAAAUUCCCUGUUACUCCCUCCGCCCCCAAAUUGAGACAGUGGGUUACAACUAAAUGUCAGAUGUGCUAAAGCACAGAACAUAAAUAUUUAGGAGUGUUGGUGCAAAGGGAAAGAACUACUCUGUGCUAAGGAGGGUGAGGGAAGGUGAUGGGGAUGGAGUAAUUGACCAUCCAGACCGACCUGGACACCAAAGCCUGUCCUGGACACCAGCUGUGUACCCUAGCUUCUUGCCGCUCUUCAGUCAAGUAGUGUCCCUGCAGGCCACAGAGCAUUUAGAAGUCUCUUUGACCCUCACACUUCUCCCUUCCCACUGUUUCUUUUCACCUUUCCAGUAAGCCUUUUUAUCUGCUUGCUUUUCCUCCCAUAACUAAAUAUCAAAAAUUUAAGUGGCGAAUAGUAUAAUAGGGAAAAAUCCUAUUUCUAGGCCACACCUGCUUGUGAUAAAUAGGUCCCUUGUUCCCGUAGUUCAUCCUCAGACAUGGAUGGUCGUGUAACUCCACAAAAGACUGAAGUUUAAUCUGAGAAGCACAGGCAACAGAAGAGGCUAGUUUGGUUUGGGCAUUUGCAUAGGAAGAUCACAACCAGUUGAUGAGAUGGCAUAGAAGUAACAAGAGAAAGCAAACUCAAAGUUAGGGAUAUGUAGGCAAACCAGGUGGAGGCUAGCAGGGGGGCAUAGCUCUCCAGAAGUCCUCACCCAUUGAUACGGACCAGGCACAGGAGGAUGGUCUGACCUAGGCUUGAGAACUGUCAUUGAGAAGCCGUGAUAACUGGGAGUGGUGGUGUACUCCUGUAAACCCAGCACUUGGAAGGCUGAGGCAGGAGGAUUCCAAGCCAGGCGAGACCCUGACUCUGAGAUAUAGAAAAGGCAGAUAGCAUUUUCCUUUAGUGCCCUGUUAGGUAUCCUGAACCUAACCAUUUGUAAAGACCUAUGUGUCUGGCACUAUGCUAAUAUGCUUUGUCUGCAUUCUUUAAUUCCUAUAACUAUUAUGCAAGGAAUUACUGUACUUACCAUAUAAAUAAAGUCCAUGAGGAUC